AUGUUCGCACGGCCAGCAUUCUCCUCCGUCCUCCGGACAGCAACCCGCACCACACCUCUCAUCCGCCCACUCCCUGCGCCCCGCUUCCUCACGCCCUUCCAAGCGCGCCUCCUCUCCUCCGAAACCCGCACCGCGAUCGACAAGGCCGUCAGCUCGGCGCCUGUCGUGCUGUUCAUGAAGGGCACGCCUGAGACGCCGCAGUGCGGGUUCUCGCGCGCGAGUAUCCAGAUUCUGGGCAUGCAGGGGGUGGAUCCGGAGAAAUUUACGGCGUUCAAUGUGCUCGAGGAUGAGGAGUUGAGGGCUGGGAUUAAGGAGUACUCCGAGUGGCCGACGAUACCGCAGCUUUACGUGGACAAGGAGUUUGUGGGCGGCUGCGAUAUUUUGAUGUCGAUGCAUCAGGAUGGGUCGCUGGCGAAGAUGUUGGAGGAGAAGGGCGUGCUGGUUGAGCCUGGAGACGAGGAGCCGACGCCGAAGGAGUAG